AUGCGGAGGAGACCCGGCGAGGCCUGGGGGCCUGUCCCUGGCAGCGUGACCAGUGUCUCUCAGGAGAAUUUAUGUUACUGGAAUUUGGAUUCAGAGGCGCCGGCUCCUGAGAAUAGAAACCUCCCACGCAGAAGGAACGGCGCGGCCGGUGGCAAAAUUGAAGAGCUGUGCGCCCUGAGUCGCGCUCUGCCCAGCUCCCCAGCCGGCGUCCGGGUUGGCUGUCUCCCUGCGCUGCCCAUGCCAGCGCUCUCCUGGCCCUACGCAGAUGGAGACUUCUUUCAGGGCAGAGAUGAGCUCCAGAUGAAUGCAAGCUCCACCACAGAGAACAACAGCGAAGCUCUACAGGCUCCAGUUUGCCACCUGAGCUAUGCAAACUGCAGCAUGGAAGAAAACUUAACAGAUGAAAGUGAUUUAUCGGAGAACGAGAAGGCAAAUGACACAGCACUUGGCUACUUCAAGGUGGACCUGGAUUUAAAGCCAGAAACAAUAGCCAGCGUGGAGGAAUCCUUCAGGGAGGAGUCCAGCGAAGCAUUUCUGUAUCCUGAUUUCCUUCCUUCUCCCUUUGAUGCUCUGGACUUGCACAAAUUGGCCCUCUCAAAAUGUGACACUUGGAAAGCAGCAGGAGCAGCUCUAGACGGCUCUACCGAGCGCCUGAUAACGCGGCUCCUGGAGCUGGAGAGACUACAGCACACGACUAUUCAAAAGGAGAGGCCGAGACUCCAAAUGCUGUCCUGUGGUGCAGCGGCCUCCGAACAACCAUCCUGCUCCAAAGCUACGUCGAAGGUGAGACAGUCAAAGCGUCCUGAUUCUGUGAGUCUUCAGACGUCUUAUGUAGAUAGAAGUCGAGAAAAAGCAAAAACCAAUUCUGGUUCUGGCAAGCCUGAACAAAACGCUACACGAUGGAACUGGAGCGACGUCCCCAAAUCUAAAUGGACCCCCAAAACACCACUUCUAAAAAGUCUGUCCACCACAAAACAACUGAGUUCACCUUAUGGUGACAUCCAGAGCCCGCAGAGUCCCACUCCGAUCUCAUGCCAAGAAGCCCCCUGCAAGCCUAGUGCCCCCCAGGCAAGCCAGUCACUGGUUAACAUGGCCUCAAGACGAUGCCUGCCACCCAGGUCUCCAAUACCAGUGUCAUCUAUAGCCUUGUCUUUUCCUGAAAAUCACAAGGAAGAAACAAAAACUCCAAGGACCAGAAAGAAAUUCCACCAAAGAACUAUACUACUAAAGAGACCGUUCUAUAUUCAGAAGCUGAACUGUUUGCCACCUUCCUUUAUAGGUAAGGGUAAGGGUACAUUCACUGACCAAAAAUAA